AUGCCUCAGUCGUGCAAAGAUAUCCGCGCGGCGUUAGCCUUCUGCCUCCAGAAUUCGGACUGCAUAAUGGUCGAGCGCAACAAGCCCGGCGACUGCCUCCGUCCUCCCCUCAAAUACACGCUCCCGACCCAAUGUCAACAGCUCCAGAAGGGCUACGCAGAGUGCAAAAAGGGACAAAUCGACAUGCGCAAGCGAUUCCGUGGCAAUCGGCCGAUAUCCUUGCCGGGCCAGCUUGAGACGGGUUCAUUUGGGAAAGGAAGGGCGGAAGAUGACAAGGUGGGAACGAUUGAAGAGAAGGGGUAUAUGCUGUAUGCAGGACGGCCGCAUAAACCGCAGGAGAGUAAGGGGGAGGAAGAUGGGGAGCAGAGAUAG